UUACUGACUGGUGGUGUGUGGUGUUACGGGCCUGUGCUGCGCCCCGGACUUGCUCUUUGUCCCUCGCAGCCGCCCUUCCCGCCAAGACUGUCCCCACUGCGCACCCAGACGUGGGGUUCAGAGAGGGUCUCCGGCGCGGCGAGGGGGGCUGAGAUUCCGGCUCGGGUGCAGGGGUCCGAGGUCGGAGAGGGGUUGCAGGGGGAAGUCCCCAGCUCCCCGCCCCAGCCUGCGCCCUCUGCUGCCCCAGAUGGGAAGCCGAUCUCCACGGACGUCAUUGUCCUGGGCCGCACCAACCUUCUCAUCACCAGUGCGCAGCCCCGCCACUCGGGCGUGUACGUGUGCUGCGCCAACAAGCCCCGCACGCGUGACUUCGCCACGGCCGCCGCCGAGCUCCGCGUGCUGGGUGAGGUGGGGAGGAGGAGGGCGCAGGGGUGCGGGAGGCCGGGAUGGAGCGGCCGAGGCUGGGAAGCCAGGAGCGGGCAGGGAACAGACAAGAGGACAGCCAGGAGUGCGACAAGAGGACGAGGUCGCGGGAGGAGGCCUCAGCGAGGCGCAUGGAGGGGUGAUAGGUGUGAGGGAGGGCGAGACCUAGGGAACGAGGUCGAGAGGGGCCGAGUUUUACAGGAGAGAGCAGAGUGGUGUAAAAGUGUGGGCCGAGCACAGGCCUCUAAUCCCAGCGCUGCCCUGGCCGUAGUGGUGCGCGAGGGGCUGCCCAGCGCCCCCACAUGGGUCACCGCCACGCCGCUGAGCAGCUCCGCCGUGCUGGUGUCCUGGGAGCGGCCCGAGCUGCACAGCGAGCAGAUCAUCGGCUUCUCGCUGCACUACCAGAAGGCCCGGGGCACGGACAACGUGGAGUACCAGUUCGCAGUGAACAAUGACACCACCGAGCUACAGGUGCGGGACCUGGAGCCCAAUACCGACUACGAGUUCUACGUGGUGGCCUACUCGCAACUGGGGGCCAGCCGCACAUCCACCCUGGCCCUGGUGCACACUCCCGAUGACGUCCCCAAUGCAGCGCCCCAGCUCUCCCUGUCCAGCCCCAACCCCUCGGACAUCAAGGUGGCGUGGCUGCCCCUGCCCUCCAGCCUGAGCCAUGGGCAGGUGGUGAAGUACAGAAUAGAGUACGUUUUGGGAAAGGAAGAUCAGGUUUUCUCCACCGAGGUGCCGGGGAACGAGACACAGCUGAUGCUGCACUCGCUGCAGCCAAACAAGGCCUACAGAGUGCGGAUCUCGGCGGGCACAGCGGCCGGCUAUGGGGCACCCUCCCCUUGGAGGCAGCACAGGACGCCCGGGGCACACAACCGGAGCCAUGUCCCUUUUGCUCCUACAGAGCUGAAGGUGCGUGCGCGGAUGGAGUCCCUGAUCGUGUCGUGGCAGCCACCCCCUCACCCAGCCCAGAUCUCCGGCUACAAACUGUACUGGUGGGAGGUGGGGGCUGAGGAGGCUGAGGGUGAGCGCCCCCUAGAGGGCCGUGGAGACCAGGCCUGGGAUGUGGGGCCGGUCAGGCUGAAGAAGAAAGUGAAGCAGUACGAGUUGACCCAGCUAGUCCCUGGCCGGCUGUACGAGGUGAAGCUUGUUGCGUUCAACAAACACGAGGACGGUUACGCAGCGGUGUGGAAGGGCAAGACCGAGAAGGCGCCCACGCCAGAUUUACCCAUCCAGAGGGGGCCACCCCUGCCCCCUGCUCACGUCCACGCAGAAUCCAACAGCUCCACAUCUAUCUGGCUGCGGUGGAAGAAGCCAGACUUCACCACGGUCAAGAUCGUCAACUACACCGUGGGCUUCAGCCCCUGGGGGCUCAGGAACGCCUCCCUCGUCACCUACUACACCAGCUCGGGAGAGGACAGCCUCAUCGGCGGGCUGAAGCCGUUCACCAAGUAUGAGUUCGCGGUGCAGUCCCACAGCGUGGACAUGGACAGGCCCUUCGGCUCAGUGGUGGAGCGCUCCACGCUGCCGGACAGGCCCUCGACGCCUCCCUUGUGGUCUCCACCUCCCUCAGAUCUGGAGGACAAGGCUGAAGUGCAUAGUCUUAUUGGUGGCAGCGCCUCGGACUGCCGGGGCCACUCCAAGAGAAAGAUCUCCUGGGCUCAGCCAGGGGUGCCAAGCUGGGCAGGGUCCUGGGCAGGCUGCGAGCUGCCCCAGGCUGGUCCUAGGCCUGCUCUGACCCGGGCCCUGCUGCCCCCUGCCGGCACUGGGCAGACGCUGCUGCUGCAGGCCCUGGUGUAUGACGCCCUCAAAGGUCAGCAUGGCAAUGGGAGGAAGAAGCCACCUCCAGCCUGCAGGAACCAGGUGGAGGCUGAGGUCAUUGUCCACUCUGACUUCAGUGCGUGCAGAGGGAGCCCAGACCUCCAUCUCCGAGACCCAGAGCCUGAGGACCCUCUGCCUGUGGAGGCUUCUGGUCUCGUCUCUGGCGUCGUAGAUCUUGGGCAUGGGAUGGACUGGCUGGACCAGGACCUGGGGGGGCAUGAGCAGUUGGCCGCCAGGUCAGACCAACUCACCUGCCGGCCCGAGGCAGCCAGGGUCCCCUGUGCCUACCCGGACCUCCAACCUGGCAAGGCUCUGCAGGAGACCCCUGGUGACAGCCGCCGACCCACAGCCCCCUGCACUCUAGGAGCCAGCCCAGGCCUGCCCAGAGCCCCCGUCUCCUCCUCUGCUUAGCUCCCCUCCGCGGAAGGUGCAGUUUGAGGAAGGCUGAUACUGCUCACCAGACAUGGUGUGUGUGGCAAUGAACACAUGCGUCCCCUCAGCUGCAUCACGCCCUUUGGAGCCUCCUAGGAUGCUCUGGCUAAGGGGAAGAAGGAGAGGGAUUACUCGCUCCUCCCAUGCUCUUUGCAACACAUGUGAUACAUGAGAGACAUGUGAGACACUGCUCCAUGUGAUAUGCACGCGUGUGAAGCCACGUGUGUGUGGUGUACUGUUUGAGCUGGGAAGCCUCAGCCCAGGAGGUGGUCAGUACGGCCUACUGACGCUCUGGGUUGGGACUGUGCCUCAGCAUGGUCCGUCCCUGCCGCCCGCUUACCCAGCUUUUUAUUACGCACUCUGAGAGUGUCUCCAGUGCCUGUCUGACAGAGACAGCCCCAGCCCACUUCCUGUGCACGUGGGCUCUGCAGGCCUGACACGUCAGCCACGUCGCCUUCAUCUCCCACAUGCCCAUGGCCCAGACUGAGAGGUGACCCUGGCUGCCCUCGGAGCAGCCCUGCCUCUGAUGUGUAAUUUGGGGAGUGCCUGGCUCUGGAAAUCUGUUUUGCUUCCUCCUCCCCUCCUUCUCUUCUCUUCCCUGUCUCCAGGCCUUCUUGCUGUCCCCAUUGUGGCUCCCAUCUCUGCUCCCUUGUAUCUUUCCUUUCCUCUGUCCUGUUUCUGUCUUUCUGUCUUCUGUCUCUCCUGCCUCUCCAGACUGCGCCAUCUGUUUUCUCCUGCCUAAGCUCAAUCUCUACAUCUUGCCCUAACAACAUGACUACCUCAUGUCUACUUCCAGGCCGCAGUGCAAGGCCUGAGUCUCCUCCCCCGGGCCCCCUGCCACCCUGUCCUCUGGGCACCACUUAGCCCCUUUCCCCAGGGCUGGUGCAGAGGUGACCUUCUAGCUCUCCUUGGAGUGGAUGAAUCCGGGUCUCACAAAGGAAGUUUAGAGACUGGAAGUUCCUAUGCUUUCCGUGCAGGGAGACAGGCUUGUUGGACUCGGGUGGUUCCCACCUUUCAGGAGUUCUUGCCUUGCGCACCUCAAACCUGACUGGGAUGCUGAAGAGAGGUCUUUCCGCAGGAAAAGGGUGACGGGCUCCUUUUGUUCUGUCCUUUUCUUUAAAUUGAAUCCUGAAAUCACUUUCUGCUGAUCUGCCACACAGGGACAAGCUUGACUUCUGUUUCCUGUGUAGUGAAAAUGAUGUCAUUUACUCCAUCCUUCACCCCAGCCUUCUCAGGAGCAUAGAUUGUGGGGUCUUUGCUCUCUAACUGAUUGGCACAUCAAGAGUUAACUCUGGCUACUGGGCCCAAUUAGAAAUAACAGUCUAUCGUUCCUCAUUUUGUUUUUAAGCGGUGAGAUGUCUCAGCAGAGUCGCAGACCCUGAAAGCAUCUGUGUUUAUUACGAUCGGGUGUCACUCACGUUUGACACCCUCACCUACAUCUCCUCCCCCUCCCCUCCUCCAGCCAGCCUAGGAUAGCACUAAAGAUUAUUAAUGUCGGUUUUGUAUCUCAUUAAAGACAGAAUUGUCACUUGUACUGUUUCUGUGGUGUUCAGCUUGGCUGUGGCCAGCACCACAAUAUGUUUCAUCAUCACUCUGAAGGUCAAAAGCCUCAUUUUAUUUUGCUGGUUUGAUUUUUUUUUUU